CAUUAUACUUGAUUUUCACACUAAUCUGCUCUCCCUCUCUCUCGUGAACACUUCCCUGCUGAUCCUGAUCGAAGAACGUUGCGGAUAUUACGUUUUUUUUUUCAUUUUCGUUUUUUUUUCCUGUUUGCGAAUGAAUUUGUUUUGUUUACUUGAAAAUGAAGGAUCGGUUUGGUGUUGCUUUCUGGAUGGUGCUAGCGGUAGUUUUGACAGCAGCUCAGGCAAGGACGCUGUCGCAGGACGGCGAGGAUUCCGUCCUGCAGAGGCUGGCCGAGCUGGAGGAGCGCGUCGCGGCGCAGGCUCGGCUGAAGGAGGAGAUGCAGCAGGUCGUUAAGAAGGAGGUGGACAGGCGACUCGUCCUCGAGACUCUCCUCCUGAGGACGAUGGAGGAACAGGCUAUAAAGCUUGGUCAGGUCGAGUCGUCCUCCACCGGCGGCCAUGACAAAAUCGUCGCUCUCGAGUCGACCCUCCGGGACGAAAUCUCACUGCGGGAGGAGGCGGAGCUCUCGGGGGACCUGAGGCUCCAGGACCUCGAGCGAAAAGUCUCCCUCAUGGAAGGGAACCUCAACCUCAUUACCUUUAUGGACUCUCGUCUCAGAGACCUCGAGGAGUUAGUGGGCAUCCACGGCCAGGAAAUCUCCGAGCUGCAGGGCGCCGUUCCCCAUACGCGGAGAACCGUGGAACAACUACGACGGGAGCUUCGACGGCAGAGAACGAGCGUGGAACAAGUAGAGAACACCGGAGAAAAUGCACUGCGCGGGAUGGAGGCCAUUCAGGACCGCGUUCGUGAGCUCGACUCGUGGGUCCUGUCGUACAAUGUGACGUCGGCGGAGGACCGGCAGCUUCUGCAGGAUGUCGAGGACACCACCUCGAGGCUGACCGUCUUUCUGCAGGAGGUGCAGGGCACGAUCAGCAACCUCACUCUGGCCGUCAACUCCCUCAAGAACCAAAUGAAGGCCGCGCCUCUCAAACUUUGUCCCCCAAACUACAGGAAAGUCGGCCGAGACUGCCUGCAUCUCCUGGAGGAGAAGCUGACGUGGGAGGAGGCGCGGCGUUCGUGCGAGGAGCUGGCCAUCUCCGUGGGCGGCGAGGGCGAUCUCGCGCAGCCGAGCCAUAUCGACGAAUUCAAGCACUACGUCGCAAAACAACACACUGCCACCCAAUACCUAUGGGUGGGCGGCAUCCGGGAGAGCAGCGUGUGGCGGUGGGCGUCCGGGAGCGACAUCGACCACGAGGAACUCCCGUGGGACCUGGGGGAACCCGACGACUCCGACGACCAGUACCACCUGUGCAUCAAGUCCUCCGCCACCAAGUUUCACGACUGCAAGGACUCGGCUCGCUUGAAAGCCGUGUGUCAGAUCCGGUGAAGCUUCGAACCUGCACCACGCCGCCAACACAGCAAGGGAUGCGAAUUCGGUGAUGGAGCCCAGACUGCGGAUUAAGAUGUCUCUCACUUCUUUAAAUAAUCUGAACGGCAUUUGGAAUUCGGUUAGAUUUUGUAAAAAAAAACACAUAUAAAUAUAUAUAUAUAUAUAUAUAUAUAUAUAUAUAUAUAUAUAUAUAUAUAUAUAUAUAUAUAUAUAUAUAUAUAUAUAUAUAUAUAUUGCAGUUUCAUUAUUUGGUACAAUCUUGGUACAAAAGUAAACAUUAAUUACUAUUAACCAACGCUGAGAUCUGGGCAGUUAGUCGCGUCAUUUACAAUAAUGGUGGUAACAUUGCCUGAUGACUCCUAUGACUAUUCUUUUCUGGUUUUGGAGUUUCUUUUAUUCUUUUAUUCUUCUGUUUUUCCUUUUUUCUACAAAUCUAACGAUACUUCUCUGCCGUUUUACCCUUAUUAUUAUUGUUAUUAUUAUUAUUUUAAUACUAAUACUGUUAUCAUUAUCAUUAUUAAUAUUAAUAUUAUAAUAAUUAUUAUUAUCAUUA